AUGGCGUCGUCCCUCGCCGCGCAGCUGUCGCAAAUCGCGGCCAACUCCACCAACCAAUUGAACCUUAAAGCCCAGAGACUUGCGCAUGGGCAAUCUUUGAUUUUCGACAAGCGAGUCGCCGGAUCGCAGGACUUUGAUACGAUUUACGACAUUUGUUAUGAUGGCUUCCGCGAAAUAUGCCAGUUGGAUCCCCAAUUCGCGCAGUUCGAGCGCUCGAUCUUCAGCGAGCAGAGCAAGUCCCAGGACCGGACGGAGAUGAACGUAGAACAGAACAGAGAGCUGGAUUCGGUAUUAGAGGCUUUUCUGGCACUCGUCGGUGGAAGACUACUUUUGAGCCCGGCUGUCAAGGCUGUGGAGUGGCUUGUUAGGCGCUUCCGGAUACAUGAAUACAACACCGGAUUCACAAUCCUCACAUUGUUACCAUACUACUCGACCCCCCUUUUCCUGAACCUGCUUGCUAUCCUCCCCGAAGACCUUCCUCAAGCCCUCAAGGUGCUUAUUCCCUAUAAACGAAGCGCAAUCAACCCGGUGCGCGGGGCCCUCGUGCAAAACGCCAUUUCGAAUAAAGACCUUCUUACCACGCUCAAUAACCAUGUUCUCCAAGUUUGUCGGCAGCGAGCCCACCACCAUGCGCUGCUUUCUCUCUGGGCGGGCUUGAUCACGGAGGGUGUUGCGGGAAAAUUGGACUCCUCCCGAUCGGGUCGCCGAAAUGUCGAGAAGCAGAACCACGACGAUAUCAUACUUCAGACUCUCCCGGUCCUUAACGAUGGAUUGGGAAUGAAGGACGUUUCGGAGCUUGUGAUAGGCUGCUACAUGGUUUGCGUUGUGCUCGCACAGAAGGCCGAGCUCCAAGACCGGGUUCUGGACGGGUUGAUGGAAGCAGUUGCGGGAUCAUGGACUGAAGAGACAUUGAGUUCCGGAAUUAUAUGUAUCGCGGUUCUGGCACAGCAAAAGCCUGAGGCUAGUUUGCCGAAGCGGGUGUUCAAGGCUCUGCUUCGUUUGGAUGAACCGUUGAAGCAGCUGGCUGAAAUUUCGGCAGAGUGUAAAACCUCGCAGCUACUUCUUGGUCUAGUAGCUGGCUGUGUUGAAAAUUUGUCAAGCCAAAAGGAUGCCUCACGUCUGGAUCUAGUAUCCCUAAUGUUUGAGAGUCAGCUUUUGAAUGACGCCGACACGGCAAAAGCCAUGUCUUUAGUUCUCCAAGCCGGAUGCAAUGUUGAUGGGACAAUGACUUUGGAUGCCCAGACGCAUCUUGCGGAUCUUGUCCAGCACUUUAGCCGGUCAGCUUCACUCCAGCCGAUCUUCCAAAAGGUGAUUGCGGAAUCAUCGUUCGAUCUCAGCGUGUUAGAGCACAACUUGCAAACAGCUAUCGAGUCUGUUCCUGUCACCAAGGCUAUUGAAGACACUGAAAUGGAAGACGCAGACAAGGAGGAAACGGCGGAAACGGCGACAGAUGGCUACGCAACAGCCAUUGAAUCUUUGACGAAGGAGGGGCCAUUCAAGACUUCUUUCCUUGUGGAGCGGUCUAUUCCCGUAUUUGAUAAACUUGUCCAGGCUUUCGCACUAUCUGCAGGUUCGCAGGACAGGGUCAAUUCUUUUGUUGAGCUGCCUAUUCUGAACAAAGCCAACGCUACAAAAUCGCCCCAAUUUCUUUCCUUCUUCAUCAGAGUCUUCGCUGGCCCGUAUCCUGCAGGCGUGAAGACCGCUGCUUUGAAAAUUGUCUCCUCCGAGCUGAGUUCCAGUGCUUGGUACGGUCUUGACGUUCAAGCCGCGCUUCCUUUCAUCCUUAUUGCUUUGUCCGAUCCUUCCGAACGAGUGCGCUCUGGAGCAGUCGAUGCCUUUGCGAUUAUUGGCAAGGUGGCUGACAAGAAGAAGAAGUCCGGUGUCUGGGCUCGCGAUUCUCUAUAUGGAAAGUCGACGAAGGACAUUCCUUGGCUCUCUACUAGCGAUUUUCAAAAGGUUUUGGAGCGAGCUGUACUUCCUGAACUGGAGGAGUGCCGGUCUGACAGUGAACACAUUGGUCGAGCUCUUGAGAAUGCUCUGCGAGGAGCAGCGUCCGAUUCUGCUUCCGCGCUAAAAAAGCCCCUACGACUAGCCUUCUUCACGUUCCUCUGUUCACAUGCUGUCCAUCUUCCGCUCUAUGCCCCCAAAGCCGGCUUGCUGAGUCUACUCAACCGGGUUGAUAAGGCCGGUGGCACGACCCGCACCAAGGAGCUUGAGCCGGUGUUGAAGGCCUGGCGAAACCUCAGUGUCCUGGAGGUAACGGAGAUCCACGAGCGGGAGCAUAUCUCCGUAACCGAGUUCGAAGACCAGGUACUGAAGACAAUCACCGCGAAGGAGAAGGACUCGAUCAGUCUACUUCUUUCCACCGUCAGCCCUUAUUCAGCGUCCUUGCGAGCCUCUUUCGUUUCCGCUGUAUUCAGCCGCAUUGGUGAGAUCUGGGGUAAAGUACCGGAGGAUCGGCAAAUUGCUGCUGCUCAGAAGGUCUUCGAGAUCUCUAUUGAAGACUCCGAAUCCCCUCUUGUCGGUAGCUGCCGAGAUCUCCUCCGUGGUGUGGAGCUCCCCGGCUCUGUCCUCCUUAACUUCCUACAACAAAUUCCCGUUUCCAUCACAGACGUCGAUUCUUUGGCCCCUGCUCCGAAGCGCAGGCGGACCAGUCAGAACAACAUGGUUGCCAUGACCACCAAGGACGAGGCGAAGCUCAGCAAGCUGAUGGACAAGAUGACCUUUAUCCUAGAGCUUGUGGAUGGUUCCAACCCCGAAACUCAUCCAGAACUCACUGAAGGCUUGUUCCAAACCCUGGCCGCUCUUCACCAUUUCAAGUCUCAAAUCCAGUCCGGCAUGAGCUACCUUCUCAGCUUGACGCUUGGCGGUCUCCUUGCAAUCGUCAACCGCUCCAGGGCAAACGCGAAGCCCCAGUUUGAUACUUCUGUUGUCCGCGCUGACUUGGUUGUUGACUGCGUUCGUACUACGGAAAGCCCCCAGGUUCAGAACACGGCUCUUCUCCUAGUUGCUGGCCUGUCUGUCAUUGCACCAGAGCUGGUUCUCCACAGUGUCAUGCCUAUUUUCACGUUCAUGGGAUCUAGUGUCUUGAGGAAGGACGACGAUUACUCGGUUUCCGUUAUUGAUCAGACAAUCGACCAGGUUGUUCCCGCUCUCAUCCAGUCGCUACGACACCAGAAGCGCGAUGUUGUGUCCGGAACAUCAGAGCUCUUGCUCAGUUUUACUGCUGCUUUUGAGCACAUUCCCUCUCAUCGUCGCCUUCGCCUGUUCCAUGCUUUGAUUACCAAACUCGGAACGGAGGAGUUCUUGUUUGCCGUCCUGGCAAUGCUCGCCAACCGUUACUCAAUGGACAAGGCAGUUCUAGUCCUGAUGACUGGGCUUGUCUCCGAUGCUACUGCGCCAGUGGAACUGUCUACCUACAGCAAAUUCCUCAACCUGGUGGCCGACGCGCUCAAGCCGAAGCCCACCAUUUCCCAGGUUCUCCUCGGUAUCGGAAGCGAUGAUGGCCGCGAGCCUCAUAAGGUUGCUGUUGAUCUCUUGCGCGCUCUGGCCUACCUCUUCAAGCACUCCUCGCUAAAGGUCAAGAUUGCUAGAGCGCUUACCACGGAGACUGGAGACGCAGAGCGGAUCCGCGCGCUGUUCUCCAAGAUCCUUGAGCAAGUCCUGGCCAUCGGCGAAUCUAUGCAGAACGUCAAGCCCGUUCACCAGGCUGCUGGUGAUGUGCUCAGCGGCCUGUUCAGCACCCUUACAACAAUCGACUUCCUUGAUACGAUCGAGGCUCUACUCAAGCGUCCUGAUGAUGCUCUUCGCCGGAAGGUCCUCAGCCUGCUUGCCGCCCGCCUGCAGCAGAGCCCUGAGCGAGACGGUGCCUCCCAGAUGCGCAUGCUUGAAUUCCUGACUGUCCUCGUGGAUAUAGUGCAAUCAUCCUCCGACAUUCUGCUCAAGCACGCUGCGGUGACUUGCAUCGACCGCAUUACAGAAAAGUACGGCAAGAAGGAGCCAUCCAUGGUUACAUCCGCCGCGCAAGUUGUUGCCAGCGCAGCCUGUAUUGGCCAGGAAGACGACCGCAUCCGCAUCAACGGCGUGCUGUGCCUAGCCUCCAUGGUAGAGGUCCUUGGCCAGGCCAUGAUCCCUGCUCUCCCAGAAGUUCUCAGCCGCUCGCUUGCCCUGUUGGAGUUGAGUCUAGAGAACAACAAGGUCAAUGCCAGACUUCAUGAUGCAAUCUUCACUCUCUUCUCUGCCCUCUUCGUCCACCUCCCCUACAUGGUCUCCGCCUCCCACCUCGACCGCCUACUCGUGCUCUCCUUCAAAUCAGCCUCAUCUGAAGAAGACCUCGACAAUGACCAACGCCAAGAGGCGCUGCGCUUCAUGGCCCGCAAGGUCGACAUGGGGGUGGCAUUUGCCUCCAUUGACCGAAACUGGACGCAGGCUGUCUCGGCCGGACCUUCCGCUACCCGUGAGGUCCUGGAAGCCGUCAGCCUCAGCAUCGAGAAGCACCCCAAGUCCGCGACAAUGAAGAACUUGUCCGUUCUGACGACGAUCCUCUUCCGGGUAUUCGACCUCCGCCGAGAGCAGGCGCAGUCUCCUAAGUCGGCAUUCGACACUUCCGACCUCGAGGAAAUGGAAGACCUCGUUAACGACGUCACGAUCAAGAUGAUCUACAAGCUUAACGACACAACCUUCCGUCCCAUCUUCGCCAGGCUCGUCGAUUGGGCCACUGGGCUCCCGAAGAAGGAUACCCAGGGCGCCUUGGCGCGAUUGACUACGCUCUACCGGUUCUUGCAGGUCUUCUUCGGUACUCUCCAGUCCAUCGUCACCAGCUACGCCAGCUACAUAAUCGAAAGCGUCGUCUCCGUGCUCAGCACCGCCAGCCCCUCAAACCCCAACACGAAACCCCUCUGGCUCGCAACAAUGCGCAUGCUCCGCAGCGCGUUCGAGCACGACCAGGAUGAAUUCUGGCAAUCCCCUUCGCACAUCACCAAGAUCUCCACGCCGCUAAUCUCGCACCUCCGCCACGCCACCUCCACAGCAACCGCAACCCUCAUCGCCACCGAAACAAUCCCCACAAUCACCGAGCUCGCCGUCGCCGCCGACUCAACAGACAACCAUAAGGAACUCAACGCCGUCCUGAUGCGCUUCCUGCGUCCGUCCGGCGCUUCCCUUUCAGGUAACGUGAGCAAGAAGAGCGCCCCCGGCGGCGAUAACCCGCAUACCAGGAUCGCGGCGCUCAAGACCGAGCAGGCGCUCACUGAGCACCUUGGUGAAGACUGGCUUGCGCUGUUGCCGGAGAUGCUGCCGUAUAUUAGUGAGCUUAUGGAGGAUGAGGAUGAGGGGGUUGAGCGCGAGGUGCGGAAGUGGGUUAAGCAGAUUGAGGGCGUGUUGGGGGAGAGGUUGGAUGAUAUGUUGACUUAG